GCUUCCAUGCCUUGCUCGCCGGCGGACCUCCGUGAGAUCGUGCGCGCGCUGGGCCCCGACGAGGGACUGGGAAACCUCACCGUGGGCGAGCUGAAGGCGCACUGCGUCCGGCUCGGCCUCAAGCGGAGCGGUGGCAAGCGCGAGCUCAUCAAGCAGAUCGCGGAGCACGUUGAGGCGGCCAGGCGGGAGCCCGGCUGCGCCCCGCCAUGCAAGGCGGCCAGGCUAGAGCCCGCUGCCGCCCCCCAGGCGGCCAGGCGACAGCUCGCUGCCACUACCGAGGACCCGCUGGUCCGCAAGCGUUGCGCCCAUGCGCCGCCGCUGCCGGCACCGGCCCUCGCGCCGCUCUCUGCCGCGGACCUGGCCGAGGGCAGGCAGCCCGACGGCUAUCUAAACGUGGAGGGCUGCCCAGCCGCCCUCGGCACAGCUUGCCUCGGGCAGCCCGAAGCACCCGAGCACCGCCGCCCUCCCCGCACCUCGCGGGCCCUGGGGGCCAAGCGCCGCGGCAGCGCUGGCCACGCGGGAACAGUCAACCGGCUUCCGCACCGCAUCCCGCUGUGCGCCCCGCCCGGCCUGCCCUGCCAAAGCUGCGUGGCCCGGUGCAGCAGCUUCGUCCCCGGGGUGCGCUACGUCGACCUCGACGCGCCCGACGAGUGCAUCACGGCGAUGCUCAGCACGCCGCUCACUGCGAACAGGUGGUCGCGCGACGUCACCUGCUUCGGCUGCAUCAUGGCGAACUGCACGGCCUCUGCCCCAGCCGCGGCGAGUCUGAGGGUGGAAGUGCCCCCAGACGAUGAGUGGAUCAUGCUCAACACCCUGAGCGCGCAAACGGAAGCCACUGGGACGAACACCAUCUUCAUGUACCGGCCCGAUACCGGGGACAAGUGUGUCCAGAAGGACGGCUCGGAGUUGGAAUGGGAAGUCGGGGACUUCAUGCGGCUCAUUUGGGUCCGUUCUCUUGCGGGGAGCUUGACCCUCGUCCACCGAUACAUGGCGCGGCGGGCGCCCCACAUGCGCGCCGCCCAAAGUACGCUCGUAAAGCCGCCAGCGUACGGGAAGCUGGUGGCUGCCGCGGCCAUGCCGAUGCAGCCUCGACCGAAGGCCGGCCGGCCGAGGUCCCCACCUGGAGACGAGCAGGACAAGUGGAGUGGAGGUGCGCACAGCGACCUGGCCUAA